CAUAGCUCUGGUGUUGACGAAUUUGCGUCGUCGCUCGGAUGCAACACGAAAACGGUCCAAAACAGGAUGGCCGGCCGCUGCCUCCUCUUCGGCAUCAGUUUCGCUGCCCUCAACCGCUUCCGUUAUAGACGGGGAUGAAUAUGACUCGGACUGUAGGAAAAUGCAGACCUGGGAUGGACCAAUGGUCGAACGACCCACUCGACAGAUAUGCAGAUAUGGGACAGUCGGCGCGAUGUGGUCGAGAGGUUGGGCGUAGCGUAUGGUACUAAGAAAAGCUCGAGAUGUGAUGGAUGGCGCCAUGUCUGACACUUGCGGCGAUGCCUGUCGCUUUUGAGGCGUUGCCCGCGUGUCCGUUCCGACUCGACCGACUGUGUGUAACAUGCGAGCAUGCAGUCGAAAGGUUUUCUCGCCGCCUGUGCCCCCCGCGUCGAACAGAAACAAGGGGAGAGAGAAUGAGGGAUGGAUACCAGUAUCGCCUGCCAGACCUGCCAGCCACACAUGUACACUCACUCACACAUUCACUCGCACACUCACUCACACACCCAUACCAGACUUCACGUCAUGACGGCGAAGCAACUUCAUCGGCCUCACUUCGACCUCUUCCCGGGAAGGCUGAGGACAUGCCCAACCCUCCUACCACCGACCACCCCCGAGAACCAGCGCCGCCGCCAUCAGACAAAUGUCAAGAAGGGCCGCGUCGAGUGCUACUUCAACCCCAAGACGAUAGAGGCCGCCACGUCCGCUGGCCAGAGAACCCUCCCCUCCCUGUACAUGGGUGACCACGACGAAGUCGCCUGA